UUGGUUUCAUGCAAUAUCAUCGUAGCAAAUUAGAACCUAAACCUAAAAAUGAGUUGUGUACGAGACUGGCCGGAGCCAAUCAUCCGAGUCCAAUCCCUUUCGGAGAAGGGACUGGAAGCCAUACCGGAGCGUUACAUAAAGCCUAUGUCGGACAGACCGUCCUCGAAUUUCCCCGUGAUAGAGAACCAGAACAUCCCUAUAAUAGAUUUUUCUGGCCUAUACGGGGACGAGACGAUUCGUGCAAAAACCUUGAGUGAAAUAUCAGAGGCGAGUCGUGAUUGGGGAUUUUUCCAAGCUGUGAAUCAUGGUGUUAGUCCUGAGCUCAUGGACCGAGCACGCCAGCUUUGGCGUGAAUUCUUUUAUCAGCCCAUGGAGGUGAAGCAAGGCUACGCCAAUUCGCCAAAGACUUAUGAAGGUUAUGGAAGUAGGCUAGGUGUGGAGAAAGGAGCCAUUCUUGACUGGAGUGAUUAUUAUUUUCUCCAUUGUCUUCCUUGUAACUUGAAGGAUCAUAACAAAUGGCCCGCCCAACCCUCCUCUCUCAGGGAAGCCAUCGAGGAAUACUCGAAACAAGUAGUGAAAUUCGGGGGAGAAAUGAUGAAGGCUUUGUCGAUUAAUCUCGGACUAUCCGAAGAUUAUCUUCAGAAGGCAUUUGGCGGUGAAGAUAUCGGAGCUUGCUUGAGGGUGAAUUUCUACCCCAAAUGCCCGCAACCGGACCUAACCUUGGGUCUUUCCCCGCAUUCUGAUCCGGGAGGAAUGACCAUCCUCCUCCCGGAUCAGAACGUAGCCGGACUUCAAGUCCGGAGAAACGACGGUUGGAUCACCGUCAAACCGGCAGCUCAUGCGUUUAUUGUCAAUAUUGGCGAUCAAAUACAGGUUUUAAGCAACGACAUAUACAAAAGCGUGGAGCACAGAGUGAUGGUGAAUUCCAACAAAGAAAGAAUAUCUCUAGCUUUCUUCUACAAUCCCAGGAGUGAUUUGCUGAUAGCACCUGCAAAGGAGCUGGUGACUCCAGAAAGACCUGCCAUCUAUUCGCCCAUGACUUUCGAUGAGUACAGAUUGUUCAUUAGGUUGAGAGGGACCAAGGGUAAAUCCCAGGUCGACUCACUCAAAUCUCCAUCUCCUAGAUGAUGCUCUUCUCUUCAUGUAUAAUUGUAAUUUUCAUCACAGUCAUAUCUGCAAAGACUUUGAUUAAAACAAAAGAAAUAUUGCAUUGGCAUAAUUGAGUUUCUACUUUCUUGUGCUGA